UUUCGAAGCGUUAUAGGAAAAAGGCCGCCGUGGCCGCUCUCAGGUUCCUCUCUGCUUUUUAUAUAAUUUUUAGGUUGCCGUUUGAUUGUGUCAAUCGGUAGUUCGUACGUUGCCUGUGCGCAAUUAUGGCUUCUGUGAUGUUUAAUGCGUCCGGCACCAUACAGAGGUUGCAAAAGGUUUUCCAGAGGGCCUACUCAGAUGCCAAAUUUCCUCAGAUCACCACUCAUUAUACAGUGAAGCCUAGAGAGACAGAUUCAAGAUGGAAAGACGUGAACAUGGAAAGAUAUGUGGACCAAACCGACAUUCUAAUUAUUGGUGGCGGCCCAGCGGGGUUAUCAGCAGCUAUUCAGGCCCGUAGAUUAGCUGAGAAACAUGGCAAAGAACUCAGGGUUACUCUUGUUGAAAAGGCAUCUGCAAUUGGUGGACAUAUUCUGAGUGGCGCUUGCUUAGACCCAAUUGCCCUGAACGAGCUCUUUCCAAAUUGGAAAGAAUUAGGUGCACCACUGAAUACUCCUGUUACGGAAGAUAAAUUUGCGUUUCUUACAGAAAAGAAACGGAUAUCUAUACCUAUCUUUAAGGGGAUGCCAAUGUAUAAUCACGGGAAUUACAUAGUAAGAUUAGGCCAUGUGGUAACAUGGCUUGGUGAGCAAGCAGAAGCUGCUGGGGUUGAGAUAUAUGCUGGUUACGCGGCAGCAGAAAUUUUAUAUCAUGAGGAUGGAUCCGUUAAAGGAGUGGCCACAAAUGAUGUUGGUAUUGCGAAAGAUGGCUCACCCAAAGAUACGUUCGAACGCGGUAUGGAGCUUCAUGCCAAAUGUACCAUAUUUGCAGAAGGGUGUCAUGGUCAUCUGACAAAACAGCUAUCAAAGAAAUUGAAUCUUAGGAAAGACUGUGAACCGCAAACAUAUGGUCUUGGAUUAAAAGAGAUUUGGGAAAUAGAACCAAGCAAACAUCGACCUGGAGCAGUGGAACAUACAGUUGGCUGGCCACUUAAUAAGAAUACAUAUGGUGGAUCAUUUCUUUAUCAUUUGAAUGAAGAAACACCUCUGGUUGCAGUAGGCUUUGUCGUAGGAUUGGAUUAUACUAAUCCUUAUCUAUCUCCAUUUAAAGAGUUUCAAAGGUUUAAGCAACAUCCUAGUAUUAGACCAACAUUUGAAGGAGGAAAAAGAAUAGCUUAUGGCGCUAGAGCAUUGGUAGAAGGUGGAUUCCAAUCUAUUCCUAAACUUCAGUUUCCUGGUGGUUGUCUCAUUGGAUGUACGGCAGGUUUCUUAAAUGUGCCCAAAAUUAAAGGAACUCAUAAUGCCAUGAAAAGUGGCAUGCUAGCUGCAGAAAGUGUUAUUGAAGCGAUCAUAGACGCAGAAAGUAAUACUUCACCGACGGAAGGCUUAGAACCGAAAACAUACACAGAUAAAAUAAAAAAUAGUUGGAUUUAUAAAGAAUUGAAAGCUGUAAGAAAUAUGAGGCCUAGCUUUCACAAUUCUCUUGGACUUUUCGGCGGUUUAAUGUACUCUGGUUUUUCCAUGUUACUAGGCGGUAGAGAGCCGUGGACUUUGUCCCAUGGAGGUCCUGAUCAUAAGAAAUUGAAAUCCGCAGCUGAAUCUACGCCAAUCGAAUACCCCAAACCAGAUAAUGAGGUAUCCUUCGAUCUUCUGUCAUCGGUAGCUCUAACCGGUACCAAUCACGAAGCCGAUCAACCAGUUCAUUUGACUUUGAUGGAUGAUACUGUUCCAGUAAAGAGAAACUUAUCUGAAUUUGAUGGUCCGGAAGGUCGAUUUUGUCCUGCUGGUGUCUACGAAUUUGUGCCAUUAGAAAGCGGAGACGGUGAAAGAUUGCAGAUCAACGCGCAGAAUUGUAUUCAUUGUAAGACCUGCGACAUCAAGGAUCCGAGUCAGAACAUCAAUUGGGUCGUACCGGAAGGUGGGGGCGGGCCAGCUUACAAUGGCAUGUAAAAUACCUCAAUUGAUCAAUUGGUGAUUGAUUGAUUGUAUAAUUCGACGGCUCCUAUUAUUUUACUGUUCAAAAUCGGUUUUAUACACUUUUUGACUAAUUGUCUGGAAGUAUUAUUACAGCCUCAUAAUCAAGUUUUGAUCACAUGCUGCGGUAUAAUUAUGGAAAUUGAUAAAUACUACAUGAAUGGUGUAAUUAUUUUCCAAAUGAAUUAAUACAAUUACAUAUGGAUUAAUUAUGAUUUGAUAGAAAUGGAACGAUCUAUCUCUUUAUCCAUGCUUGCGCACAUAUCACUUAUUUAUAAUACUCAUUUGUUACAAUAACACAACAUCUGCAAAAUCAACAAUAUCUGUAAGAAAAUAGGAAAUCUGAUGAGAAUUCAAUAAAAAAUUUUGAAUUCUCAUCAAAAAGAAUAAAAUUUUUAUUUUUUAUCAUUAGCCAGAUCAAAAUCGUUAUAUCAGAAUUACAUUAAAAAAUGAUAUAAAAUGAAAAUUAUUGUAAGCAUUCAAACUGGAAAAUUUUGUUUCUUAAGUUAUGUCUUGUAGCAAAUGAGUAAUAUAACGAUUUCAAGAUAUUAUAGGUGCGUUUGAGGAGCACACUAUCAGCGUUAUUGAGAUAUUUUUUUUGUUUUGUUUUAUGUUUGAAUAAAUAAUAAAAAUAGAAUGAUGUAUUAAUAGUGCUGAUAACAUGCUGCCCGAACAUACUUUAUAUACAAUAUAUAUCUAUCAUAUGUAAUUUUUUGAUUAUUUGGAGCGAGAUCUUUGCACAAAUCUUACUAAGUAGCUGUUGAUCAAAUUGCUUCACAUUUUAAUAUUUUAUAAUUCAUGUUAAGCUGAUUAAAAAUGUUCACGGCCAUUAAUCAUCGAAUGCCUUUCUGGUCCAUGAUUUUCGAAAAAUCUUUAUAUUUAAUAUGAUAAAAUACAGAAAAAUUGAAAUAAAUCUUUUUUACCACACUUAUUCAUGUAUCUGUAAGUGUACAUUUAUGAUUUUAGUUUUUCGCCCAUUUUCAGAAUUGCUCGGAAUAAACGACGUGGACAUGACAAGUUUUUUUUUUCAUUUUUUUAGCGUGAUUUGCUUGAUUCUCUUUAUUUCUUAUAUAUAAUAUAAUUACUCUUAAAUGAACCUUUUACUUUAAUUCAAUUUCAAUAUCAAUUCUCGCUUAUUAAGAUUUAUUUUUUAUGUCUAUGUGCUGCAUUUAAUAUUGACUUCAAUAUUCGAUGAUAUUGAAGGAUAUAGUUAAUAUGUUGUUCAUAACGUGUAUGUGUAUGUAUGUAUAUAUAUAUAUAUAUAUAUAUAUAUAUAUAUAUAUAUAUAUUAUACAGUGAUAUUAUUCAUAAUUAAUGUUAGUAAAAAGAUUAAUUUUAACUAUUCUUUUGUAUAAGAUGUGAUGACCCUUCAAAGGUUCUGGAGUAAAAACUAAGGCAUUUGGAGAGUUGUGAGAAUUUUUAAUUAACUUGAUAUGAACUACUAAAUAUUAAAAUUUAAAGCAAUUUAAUUGAGAGUCAUUUUCUAUAAAAUUUGUAUGGGAUUCUUUACAGGAUUUAUCCUCUAUUGGGAUAAUGCGUAUUGAAAUGCAUGUAUUGUUGAAUAAAUCGAAAGAAGAACAUGUAAUUUGAUAAAAAGUUCAAAAAUGUUUUUGUGUUCUCUCUCUUUGCGAGAGACUCUUGUUAGAUAAAACGUUUCUCUCGGAGAAACGCUUUUGAAGCGCUUGUGUAACAGUGCUGUUGUUAUUACUUUUUGAUAGAGUUUGUAUAAAUAAUCAAUUUGUAGAUUAUAUUAUAUUUUUAUACAGAGAGAUAAAAAAAUUUUUAAAAUAUAUAUAUAUGUAUACAAUGAAA